UUUCCUGCUCUUCAGCCACCUUCAUUUCCAGCAGGAUAACCGCCUGGUCACUCGCUCAAUUGCCCCAGUAGAGAAUAGUCAUCCCACGGUUCAUCCAUAGACGGCCCGUUAAAUUCUGCGAUCAUGUCUGGAACUCAGCCUGUCGCGUUGUACGCGGCGAAGGUCCCGCCUGGUGGUAUCCUCGUUCCCGCGGUGCCCAAUGCUUCAGCAAUGUUUCGUGUUACUAUGGCGGCAAUCGACCCCGAUGCUUUGCCAGAGCUCGAGGACGAAGCUAGCGCACAUAAGCCACCACGAGCGACAUUGAAGAUUGUUCGACCUCCUCCAGGAUUGGAUCUAGACGAUGAUGAAGAUGAUGAGGACUACUCCGAUAUUGAGGAUGAUGAUGCGUCUUCCGACGACGAGGCGAAUGGUGGGCCAAGUGAUCCUACCAAGGCAAAGCUGGCCAAGCAGGCUGCCAAGCUCAAAGAAAUGGAAGGUGCGAUGGAUGAGGACGAAGAUGACUCCGAUGGAGAUGAUAUCGAUCUCAAGGCCGCUAUCUCUAAGCUGAUCAAGGGAAAAGGCAAGGUCACUGAUGAUUCUGGCAGUGAGGGAUCUGAUGACUUGGAAUUGGAAGAAGUGGUCGUUUGCACAUUGGACCCUGAGAAGAACUACCAGCAGCCACUUGACUUUGUUGUUGCCGAAGACGAACGCAUUUUCUUCAAGGUAACAGGUACUCACACAGUUUACCUCACCGGAAACUACGUCCUUCCUCUCGAUGAACGUGAUGACGAGGAAAGUGAGGAGGAAGAUGAUGAAUACGACCUGUCCCCGGAUGAAGAUGAGCUCGCCCUCCUGGAAGGGGAUGAAGAGGAGAGCGAUGAUCUCGAUGACCUGGAAAAUCCUCGAAUUAUGGAAAUCGAUACUGAUGAAGAAGAGAAACUCUCAACAAAGACUCCUAAAAAGGGCAGUAAGGGAAAAAACAAGCGACUAGCAGAGGAUUCAGAUGAGAAUCUCGACGAUAUGAUGUCCAAAUCCAUGAAACCCGCCCCCAACGGAGAGCAGCCCCUCAGCAAGAAGCAACAAAAGAAGCUCAAGAAGAAUAAUGGGGAGGCAGCCGAGGUGGCACAGAAACCCGCAGAGGCCAAGCAGUCUCCAGCUGCUGGAAAGUCGGACAAGAAGGUCCAGUUCGCCAAGAAUCUCGAACAGGGUCCAACUGGCUCCACCCAUCAGAAAAAGGAGGCUACUAAGCCAGAAAUCAUCGUGAAGGAAGUCCAGGGUGUCAAGAUUGAAGAUAGGAAGCAAGGAAAAGGUCCUGCCGCCAAGAGGGGCGACAGGGUGUCGAUGCGUUACAUUGGCAAGCUUGAGAACGGGAAGGUAUUUGAUUCCAACAAAAAGGGGAAACCGUUCUCGUUCAAGGUCGGUUCCGGCGAAGUGAUCAAGGGGUGGGAUAUCGGCAUCCCCGGAAUGGCCGUUGGCGCUGAGCGAAGAAUCACCAUCCCACCGCAUCUCGCAUACGGCAAGAUGGCGCAGCCUGGAAUCCCCGCCAACUCGAAACUUGUCUUUGACGUGAAACUCCUCGAAAUCAAAUAGAUUUCCUGUGUUAAUUAACAAGCUCAUCCCUCGGCGUUUUACUUGUCACAUUUAACAUUCUACUGUUCGUGUCGAGACAUCUGCCGCGGCUUCAAGGUGCACUCACCUGGGCAUAGGGAAGGAUUCUCGCGCAGGGAGUUGGGAGACGGGCCUGGAUAUUACCGAGUGGGUUCCUGUUCUUUGAGUAGUUAA